UUUUCUUAGUUGAGGAGGAUGAAGUGAGAGGCUGGAUGCCAGCAGCUGUAUGAGUGAGUAACAGCAGCAGGCAGAGAGAGGCUGGUAGUGUAUGAACAGAGUGAGGAUGAUAUCUUAAUUAUAGGCUAGAGGGUUUUUUCUAGGUAUUUCUUUACAAAACCAAAAGUUUUCUUCACUGGUUUGGUGGUGGUGGUUUGUUUUGAGAAGAAACUUAUUUUGAAAUUUUGAUUUCAUCAUUUUAUAUAAUGUUUGUUACAGACAGAGAGGAUAUUUUUAAAUUCUAUUUCAAAAGAAGAGACUUUUAAAGUAAGUUUAAAUUGUAAAGUAAAAGAAAAAAACUUUUUUUUAUCGUAAUUUUUAGAAAUGUCUGUUUAGCUAGUAGACAGGAGAUUACUUCACAUCAUUAUGCUGCUGGCUCUGCUUCUGGUUGUGAGUCUCUGCUCUGACGCUCACUCCUCUGAGCUAUCAUCAAUUACUAUCCAGUACCGGGUUUGGGAGGAGCAGCCGACGGGAACCCGGGUCGGUUGUCUGGUGGACGACCUCCGGCAGAGGGACGAAGGUGGUCCACUGGAGGAUUUCCAGGUGGUGGAGCACGGAAAAGCCCUUCCCUUCUCCGUCAGCAGUCGAGACGGUGUCGUCUCCACCCAGGGCCGGCUGGACAGGGAGGAGCUAUGCCGGGGGUCGGUGUGCGAACUGGCUUUCAGCGUCCUCUACAGGAAAAGUGGUGCUGUGAACUGCCUCCGGGUUCGUGUGGAGGUGAUGGACCAGAAUGACCACAGUCCCAGCUUCUCCAGCACUCUGCAAGAAGUGGAGAUCUCAGAGACAGCUGGUCUCAGCAUGCAUCCUUUGGACCGGGCAGUGGAUCCUGACGCAGGGCCUAAUGGCCUCCAGACCUACUCGUUGUCUGUCAACCAACACUUUGCUCUGGAUGUGACAGGCGCUCCAGGUGGGACAAAACAGGCAGAGCUGGUGGUGAUCAAAGAACUGGACAGGGAGGUUCAGGCCUCAUUUGACCUCACCCUGGUGGCAUGGGAUAAAGGGAACCCCCCGAGGUCUGGGAGUACAUUAGUCCGUGUUAAUAUCCAGGACUCAAAUGAUAACAGCCCCGUGUUUGAGGACAGCACUCCCACUGUUGAGCUACCUGAGGAUACAGCCCGUGGGACAACCGUCAUCAACCUCAAGGCCACUGACCCAGACCAAGGAGCCAAUGGGGAGGUUGAGUAUUCGCUCAGUAAGCACACACGUCCAGAAGUACAUAGGCUCUUCUAUGUAGAUCCUCACGGAGCUGUAAGUCUCAAAGCUCCUCUGGACUAUGAGGCCCAGGACUCUUAUGAAGUAAUCAUACAGGCCCGUGAUCGUGGCCCCAAUGCGAUCCCCACACACUGCAAACUGCAUGUCAAGCUUAGAGAUGUAAACGAUAAUGCACCAAGGAUACACAUGACCUGGACUCCACCAAACUCACCUGUGGCAACUGUGUUGGAAGGAGCACUAGAUGACACCUUCCUUGCUCUGGUGAUGGUCUCUGAUGCAGAUUCAGGAGAAAAUGGCAAAGUGAGAGCGCACAUUCAACAAGGAUCUGGCCCUUUUCGCCUAAAACGUAUCCACGGUGACAAUUACAUGAUUGUUACCAAUGGCAGCCUGGAUCGAGAGAAGGUAAUGCAGUAUAACAUCACAAUCCUUGCCCAGGAUUAUGGAGAUCCCCCACUGUCUUGUGUUAAACACCUGCCUGUCCUUGUUCUGGAUGAGAAUGAUAAUGCCCCAGUGUUCUCCAACUCUGUCUAUAAGACUUCCUUCAAAGAGAACAACGUGGCUGGCUACCAUGCUCUCAAAGUUGAAGCCCACGAUGUCGACCUGGAGCUCAGCGGAAGAGUAUCCUACUUCAUACACAACUCCAAUGACGUAGAAAGUUACACACAGUCUUUCUCUAUCCAUCCGACCAGUGGUGUCAUAAGCGUAGAGCGUCCUUUAGACUAUGAGGAAUCCCACACCUAUUCUUUCAUUGUGCAAGCCGUUGACCAGGGUCAUCCACCUCUCACCAGCACGACCACUGUGCAAAUUGACAUCCAAGAUGUGAACGACAACUACCCAGUCAUCAAGGAGCCAAAACCCAGAAAGGGUGUUGCUUCUCUAAGUGUACCCGUCAAUGCAGACAAGGGGGAGAUUGUGACAGAGCUGGGGAAUGACAUGGAAGAGGGAUCCACCAGUUUGCCGAUAAAUAACUCAGUCAGAGAGGGACUUGUUGGAUUCCUCGCAUCCACCAUAAAGGCAGAAGACCCAGACUCGGGGGUGAACGGACAACUCAGCUACCUCAUCACUGACGGAAACCCCUUUGGACUGUUCUGGUUGGAUCAGACUACAGGCCAGCUGUUUGUUAACACCACCAAUGCUACUGAGCUAAUUGGGAAAACCUUUAAGGUGAACAUUGCUGUCUCUGACAUGGGCAAUCCCCGCCUAGACACCAAGCUGACUCUGGAGGUGACUUUCAUAAAUCUCAAGGACCAUCUGAAGAACUCAUCACCUGGUAACCGCGGACGACUUAGCUUCACCAUGAUGAUGGCAAUCUGCCUAGGUGCCACCUGCCUGCUGCUUCUGUUGGCUGUUGCUUUGGUGACAACGUUCUGCCGCCCAGAGAAACGGGACAACCGGGCUUACAACUGCAGACAGGCUGAGUCGACCUAUACCCGCCACCCCCGGCGCCCACAGAAGAACAUCAGAAAGUCUGAUAUCCAGCUAAUUCCCGUCAUUAGAGGGCGAAAGGAGGAGCCAACUGAGGAUGAAAGUGAAGCCCAGCCCCUGGCUCCGUCUCCACUGAUGUCGGAGGAGCAACAAAAUGAGAGACAAUAUACCUUAACGCCAUCAGUCAUGAACACAAGUUUACAUUCCCAAGGGUACCCAGAAGGGGAUGUCAUUCAACCUGUCACCCACCACUGCAGAACCCUUCUGAAACCUGGAAACAUCGAACUUGAUGGCAGUUUGCCUCUGACACCUGCCACAUCAUACCGCACUCUUCGGAAAUCCAGGAACCCUUCAUCAUCCUCUUCAGUCUCACAUUCAAGCACCUUGAAGCGUCAGACUCGCACUCAAGGGGAAGAGGCGGGAUCCCUGAGUUCAGCAUCCCAGGCCACUCUCAGGAGGCCAAAGACAUCGGAGGGACGAGGGGGGCACGAUGCAGAACAUCAGCAGAUGCUUCGAAACCUGGUCCGACUGUCAAUGGCUGCGUUUGGAGACUCCAUUGAGCUUUCCUCUGCUUCCCCGGAAGUGCAGCAGAUCUCCCAGCUCCUCUCCCUCCUCCGGCAGGGUCAGCUGCAGCCGAGGCCCAACUUCAGGGGGAACAAAUACUCUCAUCGCAACGGCAGAUAUGGAGGCCAGGACUGUUCUGAUUGGCAAAGCACCAAAGACAGCGGACACGGUGAGAGUGAGGCUGGAGAUGUGGACUGGGAACCAGGAAGAGACUCACCGAUAGACCCACAGCUAGAGGAAGGGCUUAACAACCUGCUCAACAACCAUGAUGACGUCUUCUCGCAGGUCAGCGAUCCAGCCUGGAUGGCCAGGCUCUCUCUCCCACUCACGGCUGACUACCACGACAACGUUUUUGUCCCCAAUGGGCUUCCGUCCCCUGAGAGUGAGCUCCUUCCCCGCGACGGCCUGGAUUCCUCAUCCUUCUCCACCUUCGGUAAAACUCCAGAGAAGGACGGCCCACUGGGUGGAACCCUCCUGUCUGAGGUCAGCACGCUGUUUGAAAUGCUGAUGACGCAGAAGGCUGACUCCCACCCCGGCCCGCGACCCGAUGUACUGUACCGACUCUCUGCAGCGUACCGACGCUCGCUGGGCCUGGACGGUACCGCCACGACUGCUGCAGGCAACGCACCAAAGACCUCUGGGAACGCUGAGAAGAGGUUGGGCCUGGCUCCAUCCUCAGGACUUUAUCAAUAAGUCCAUUCUGUGAACACAGGAAAAGACUGAGAGCUGAGUGAUGCAGCUCAGAUCAGGAAGUUACAGAAAAGGUUUCACAAGUUUGUGUUUCGGGAGUGUGUUGGGAAUUUAGAGGCAUGAGGUGAUAAAAAUACUCUAAUGAUUUAAAUGCCAUGAUAAAUAGUUUUUUUUCAGGGUGAACAUGAAGCAGAUUUUUGUCUCAUUUUAUUAACAUGAAUUUGAAUGCUCGGGUGCUUUUGCUGUCCAUCCUACGAUUCUCACAGGCUCAAACACUGGAGAAGCGAAGUGAUGCAUGUUGGGGAUUGAGCGUUAACAAACAUUCAGGCUAUCCAGACACAAAAACUUAGUGGCACGACACAGAGGGGUUGAGGAAGUUUAAACUUUUUUAAAGGAAAUGGAAGCGGAGUUGUUCUUAACUGCACUCAACUUCAUAAAAGAGAUUUUAACAAAAUGGGAAAAAAAUGUUAUUAUAGCAGGAAAUUGCUUCCCAGGUCUCUGCGGUAUGACUUCAAUGAGCUGUGAUCACUCAGGAAACUCCUUCUCAACACAUCUAUAAAAUAUAGACUCGAGAGACAGGCUGCUACGUUUGAAUGCGUACGUGUGAACAAGGUGCAUCUUCUCCUCAGUCUUCACAUAGUAUGUCUGGUUGCGUCUUUCCUUUGUUUGUUUUUUUACAUCCCCUACAGGCUACAGUGUCCAUUGCCCCCCAAAAUACUGAACAUGCGGAUCAUGUUGUUCAAGCUCAAACUGUCAGGUGUGUAAAUAAAAUUUUAAUCUGGGGAGUAGCUGUAAUAUUCUGAUUUGGAUCAAUGAUUGGACCGAUGGACAAACUGACAUCACCAUCCUCAGACCGAUGUGUUGUCAGGGAUCGAUCCUGUUAAAAUGACAGUGCUUGUUGCAGUUUUACCAUCAAUAAGUGAGGAAGCAUCAUGCACUUUAAGUCAGGUUUAAUUUACAGUAAACAGAAGGAGUCAGGUAGGGCGGAAGGAGAAGAAAAAAAAAGUCUAAAAAGAGAAACUGGAAGGACGGCUAAGACAGAUCUUGUUUCAGAAUAUUUACUCUGAAAGACAAGUGAGGUGCAGGAGAAACAGAAACUUUACGUCUCAACUCAGCCACAUAAAGCCGGAACAGAGCUGAUCCUGUUUGGAGUGAUGGAAUGCCUGUCAGAGGAUGUAAAAAAGUUGGCUGUAGUUUUGUUUUUUGUCUGGCAGAAAGCAAGCCGGCGACCAGAAGGAUACGUCGCUUUGUCUUUUUGUUUUUCCUCAAGACUAAACAGAAACAAGUUGAAUGCAGGGAAGAAAACGUGUUUGUUGACAGCAGAGCAGCUCAGUCUGGACCUCCCCUGUUCACCAACUCUGAAAUCCACCUCCUGAUAGUAAACGACUUUUAAGAUCACUGUCUAGGUGUGCUUUUUCAGAAUGAUUUUGGCAACAACUCUUCAGUCCUCUCUUAAGUUAUUGGUUUAACUGCUAUCCUAAAUAGUCUUAUUUUUAGCUUUUUUUCCUGUAUUUUGCAAACCAGGUGAACAGCACUUUGUACAUAAGUAUUUUGUAAAACUUUUUGUAUCAAGAAAUCUUUUAUGAAACAUUUACAUUGAAAGUUAGUUUUGUAGCUUUUGCAAUAAAGUGUGUAUCAUGUUUAAAUGUUGUUUUCCUGUCAUUUGAAGUGUAGAAAUUUAAACUCACAGCAUUCAGAACUUUAUUGGAAAAAACUCAAAUGAUAUCAAGUAUGGCUGUGAAUCCUCCUGCUCUGCUGCCUGGCGGAGACUGUGCGUCUACAAACAUCUGCUCACAUUAUGGGGACUCGCCUUCAUUCUGUGGGAUCAAACAUUUGGUCUCCACAAAGUUAACUGCUUAUUUUGAGAUGAUUAUUUUUUUGGCAAAGGUUACCAUGAUGGAUGGUUAAGGUUUUGGUGAAUCUCCAAAUAAUGAACAGAAAGGCAAUACAAUGUUCACACAAGUGGCAAAAUGCGUUAAUGAUAACUGCUCAGAUGUUUCCUUUGUGCAGAGCGCCAUCUGAUGUUUGAGAGACACAUUACACUCAGAAAGUUAGACAAUCAUCCAUAAAAAUAACAACAACAUCUAGUGGCAGCCUCAGGUAAUGCAUGUUCUUUAAAUUAUAAAGGUAUUUCUUUCAACAUCAAGGUGGGAAUGAUUACUCAGACCUACUACUGCAGUUUUAUAUCAUGAAGCAUCAAAGUGUUCACCGCUGUAAAACCGAUGCAAUAAGUCUUCACACUCAAAGAAAAAAAACAAAAAACUUUCCUGUGUAUUUAUUGGUUUGUAAUGCAAAAGAGUAAUAAUAAAUGCUUUAAGUUUAA